GGCCCAUUGUCCACAGCAUGUAUUAAAACGACUUUGAAGUUUCCAACCUUUUCUACGUCUUUUUCAGUAAAUGCAGACCCUAGCCAAGUUCCAAUUCAAUCUCUAGUCGGGUGGUUACCUAAAUAGGCGGCUCGAUUAGGCAAUUGCACAAUGGGCACUUAGUCACUAGUCCAGUAAACCGCGUUGCAGCAACGUGAACUAUUGUGUAGCACCCUCAGGCACCUAGGCAUGUCCUGAGCUUCCUCCCUUGCUGGCAGGAUAAUUCUGCUUGUUUUCAAUAACAGAUUUCCCCUCAAAAGUCUCUCUCGGCUGUGCGAAUUGUCGUUUGGCUUUGACGCCAACGCUAUACAGUUCAGGGCUUGCGUCAGGCUUCGCGCCGACUGCUAUUGUGCCCGCUUGUCAGUUGCAGCCAUCGAUACCAAAGUCUUUUUGUCAACCACGUAUUUAAGCCCUUAGGAUCUGACUACAAUGGAGACUGUCUCUUUUGCCCCAGACGAACUCGCCGUUCGAAGGGUACGAUCCACAGGAGACAUUCCAGGCGAUACCGAUAUGCCUACGCGCCCGCCUCGCAGCCGAAUGGCACCAACUCAACGUCGUUCCGAAGGUCAAUCUCCAAGGACUGCAGCUUAUACUCGAGAACAGCUGUAUGCACCUUCAGGCCGUCGCUCUGCUCCAUUACCUGCUCUAGAUCGUCCUGAUCUUGGCGGCCAUGAUCAUCCUUUAACUUGGAAUGCUAUGCCUCAACCUACAGUUCCCGUUGAACCAAGACCAAGUGUAGUUCCUCCAAGACCUCAGGCCGAGCAUACUGGAUGGGUGGGCAUUCUCAUGAGUUUCCUAGGAUAUGCGGGACCCAACGCUAGAGCACGAAGGGAGCUAUUGAGCCUUAUCUGGAGUCUCUUUUUCAAUCUAGCCCAGUUUGUCGUCGUCGUCACUCUUCUGGCGUACUCAUCACACCAUCGGAGUCCCACCGAACCUGAUUUGACAGAAUGGGAUGCUUGUGACAAACCAUUGGGCGCGUGGAACGCCAUUUGGGUUGUUCGGGUCACCUUUGGCGCCACUGUGGCGUACUGGAGCUGGCAGCGUGACCGUAUAGUUCGCCUUGCUCAGGAACAAAGAGAUCAUGAAGCAGACCCGGGGCGUCCUGACACCCUACGUCCUGUGAACUUCGGUAAUUCACCUCGCACGAGUCCAUCUUUUACUAACAACAGGUACGGUACUACUCAAGACGUCAGACUUACUCAUAUCGAGUCUGUGAACCAACUCCCAUACUCGUCGUUGUAUAAUCGAUUGUCUGUAACUACAUCUUUACUUUCGAUGGUCUGGUUCCUCACCGCGCAUAUAUUGGCAUAUACAUCUGUCAAUACCUGUCGACGCUCUUCGCCACAUAUCUGGUACCUCACCUUGGGGAUCCUAUGCAUCCUCUAUCUGAUGGUUCUCGAGAUCUUUAUCUUGGGCCUUCUUGUGUUCAUUCUUGGGCCGGUCGUUUACCUGGCGUGGAACCUCAUAUUGCUCUGCCUCGGUCGACACCCGCUGCAAAACCCUCAUUAUAUCAAGCCAGAAAUAGGCAAACUUCCAAAAUCAGUGGUCGACCAGAUACCCUUGGUACUCUAUAUCCCUCAUCCUCCGGAAGACCAGGAACCAAGCCCGGAUAAGAAAUCCAUUGCUUUCCCCCCGGCAGCUUAUUCUUAUCCACCAAAGCCGCCCGCACCUACUGUGCCUCGCAAGCGACGCUUUGCCUUCUUGAGGCGGUCAAAGAAGGAUACGACAGGUGAAUCGACAAAGGAAGGCACGAAUGGCACCAAGAUGGACAAGGGAAAGAGCAAAGCGCCUGCCAGUGACGACCAGCCAAAGACAUGGGAAGAUCAUUGGGAACCAGGGGAAUAUCCGUUUGUCAGGCUUGAAGGAAACCGAGCUGCUUGUGCUAUUUGCCUGAUGGAUUUCGAGGAACCUAAAAGGAAACAUGGAGGUGAUGAAGCAAAAGACGAAAGGCCGCAGGAUGCCGUUGCGGAGGGUGGCGACUCCGGUGCUAUUCAAGAAGUCCAGGUGGAGGAAAUUACGCAGGAGGAUGUGGAUCGUCUCCGACUGGACCAUGCUGGAGACGGUCCGCAGCCGCUGCGACUACUGGCAUGCGGGCAUGUGUUCCAUGUCGUUGUCCGGUUUGUCAACGACCAGUCGAGAUACCAAAGCCUUCUGGGAAGAAGAAGCGGCGAAGCAAUGAUCGGACGGACUCUAAUUCUCCACAGGACCCGCCUUCGUAGCGGUAUCAGAUAUUCCACCUCAUGUACACAUUCCUUGCUCUUUUCAUUCUGCUUUUUUCUUGACCAGCUUCUUGGACUUUCCUUGGUUUCUUUCAUUCCCUGUAUGACUUAGCUGCUCGCCGUUAUGACACCGUACUGUAUUAGUAUUAUCUGUACGUAAGUUUUUUUUUACGAGGCAAUGUCAAUGAUCUUGAGUCUUGACGCUAGUGUUUAUCUUCAAUCAUACCCGAGUUUGCGCGUAAACUUUGGGGUCACUUUACGCUCAAGGUUGGCUCGAGCCAAAUUUGGAAGUGACAUUUCCAUAAUAGGAGGAUGUUAUCCAUAAACGUACGGUAAUAUUAUGCGGCAUAUACC